CACUUGUUAGUGCCCUCCUAUUCUUUUCGAGAUCUGGUGUUUAACAAAAAAAAAAUCAAAACUGGGAUUUUUCCAGGGAAAAAAAAUGGUAUAGUGGGAUUUCUCGGUUCCUGAGAAAAUCUCAUCCAAAAGUAUUUGCCGGGGUGUUUUUCCUAUGCACCCUGCAGUUACAUGGUUCUCUUUGAAUAUAUUUUUUUUCCCAAAUUUUGCAUGUUUCGGUUCGAUCAAGAAGACAAUAAAUACCAAUGUAUUGAUAUAUUUUGAUGUUUUAAUAACUUGAAAAUUUUUCUUUUUUCUUGAAAUCUUUAAAACUGUAGAAGCAAAUUCCAAUUCAGCUGCUUCAUUUUCAUGCACAAGAAAGGACUCUUGAGAAAGGGUUUCAAAGGUCCAGCCAAAACUUCAAAACCGUCUCUCAAAAUCCCCCAAAAUCUUACUUAUUUUUUAUGUUUGUCAGAGUUGCCUUGAACCUUGUUCAAUCAAUUACUCUGUAACUCCCCACAGCAAUUUUUUUGAGGUAUUAUUUUAGUUCUCACCACCCAUUUGUCAAUCCAUACUUUUUUUUUCAUCUUCUCGGUUUUACUCUAAAUCACCCCUCUUGCUCUUUCACUUCCUCACACUUCACUUCAUAGCUCUCUGUUUCUUCAAGUCCUCUGUUUCCAUGUUGCAGUUUUCUUUGAGGGAGAUGGCAAAGUUUUUGAGUGUUUUCUCAGUGAGGAACUUGCUGGUAUUGUCACUGGCUCUGAAUGUGAGCUUAGUUUUGAGGGUCUUGGUCUCACAUGAUUCCCAAAAUGGGAGCUUUAAUGGUUUCUUUAUUGAGAAGCAGAAUGGACCUCAAGAAGAGGCGCAUGCCAGCAAGGGAGCGCGUCUCUCUUCCUCUGUUUCCUCGUCCUCCUCUUCUCCUCUUACGACGGCUCAAGGUGACCAAGAUAGAGUUAUCAAUCUUGAUCAUGGGGAUCCGACUAUGUACGAAAACUAUUGGCAAAAGAAGGGGGAUGAGACCACCAUUGUUAUUCCUGGAUGGCAGUUCAUGAGCUACUUUUCGGAUCCCAGAAGCUUGUGCUGGUUCUUAGAGCCUGAAUUUGCGAAGCAAGUUGUCCGAUUGCAUAAGGUUGUGGGCAAUGCAGUUACUGAGAAUCGGCACAUUGUUGUUGGAACGGGUUCAACGCAAAUAUUCCAAGCUGCCCUGUAUGCACUGUCCCCCAGGACCGAGGCAGAACCCAUUAGUGUGGUUUCAGCAGCCCCUUACUAUUCUUCCUACCCUCUGAUUACUGACUGCCUCAAGUCCGGGCUUUACAAAUGGGCCGGUGAUGCCCGGAGCUUUAGCAAAAAUGGCCCUUACAUAGAACUUGUUACCUCCCCCAACAAUCCUGAUGGCUUCGUUAGGCACUCUGUUGUAAACAGGAGUGAGGGGAUAUUGAUACAUGAUCUUGCCUAUUACUGGCCACAAUACACGCCAAUAUCCUCUCCGGCCAACUAUGACCUGAUGCUAUUCACUGUCUCAAAGAGCACCGGUCACGCUGGGAUGCGCAUCGGGUGGGCUCUUGUAAAAGAUGAAGACGUUGCAAAAAGAAUGACAAAAUACAUAGAGCUCAACACCAUUGGCGUCUCAAAGGAUUCACAGCUCAGAGCAGCCACAAUUUUAAAGGUUAUCUCUAACAGCUGUGAAAGAUCAGAUGGAGAAGGUGAUUCCUUCUUCGAGUUCAGCUACCACCUUAUGGCCAAGAGGUGGAAGCAAUUGAGAGAGGCAGUGCAUCAGAGUGGCCUAUUUAGUGUGCCUGACUUUCCCCCCCAGUUCUGCAACUUUCUCAAUAGGGUCUUCGAGCCUCAACCUGCUUUCGCAUGGGUGAAGUGCGAAGGAGAGAUUGAAGACUGCGAAAGCUUCCUUCGAGGCAAGAAGAUCUUGACGAGGGGUGGCAAGCACUUUGGGGUUAGCCCUAAGUAUGUCCGGAUAAGUAUGUUGGAUCGAGACAAAAAUUAUGACACCUUUGUAGAAAGGAUGUCUAUGAUCCAAUCAUGACAUCCGAGACACCUCUGUUAGAAGAACAGGGGGGCAGAGGAAGUCAGCAAUUUUUUUGUAAAUUGGCCAACAAGUUCAAAAGGAGCUUAUUUUUCCAAUUGUUCUAUUCGAUAAAGCUAUCAAUUUCUUUGUGUGCUCUAUGAAGUUAAUCAUAUGGAGGCCCGAAUGGGCAUAACCUUCUCAAUGCUGCCAUGAAUGCUUGUAUGUAAGAAUGGCCGACAGAUGCAUCCAAUCGAUUUAAACCUGUGUAGGUAUCCCAAGGAACAUGAACUUAGGCCUGAAUGCUUAUCCCCAUUUACUUUAAACAGAUUUCCACUCUUUUGAAGGAAAUGGUUGCCUAAAAUUGAAUUAUUCAUUGA